AUGGCAAAGUUUGGAGACCCAGGCUUCAAGAUUCAUCGGGUAAUGGGCCAGUGGCUCACCUUGGUCGCAUAUCACAUCGCCGAUGAUGUGAUUAUCCCCUGGGAUCUGCCCAAUGCCGGACGCGUGCUACGAAACCAUUACGAGGAUCUCAAUGAGACCGUCGCCGGGGACUAUCCCAGCCUAAGUCUAUCACCCAUCCACGACGCGAUUACCGAGUUCGAGACCGCAGCCGAGCGCAUCGCCACAGUGGCCAAACAAGCCCUCGCUUUCAACAACACUGCCCUCAUCGACGUUAUCAACGGCAAGUACCGAGAUUUCUCGCGUGGCUUCGCAAGCGCCGGCGGUCUCCCUGGACGCCCGACAUUCCACAAUGUCAUAAGUGCUCCCGGUCUCGAUAACGGCUACGGCGCCGAUGUCUUUCCCGCCGUACAGGAUAGUCUGAGCUCUGGCAAUGAGACGCAGGCCCAAGAAUGGGUAGAGAAGAGCGCAUCUGCAAUCUCCCGCGCAGCAGAGAUCCUUGGCAUCUGA